AUGUUGUCGAAACACGUUGAGGACAAUUAUUGUCACGUUGAUCUGAGGAACUAUGACGGACAUAAAGACGAGGUUAACUGUUGUGCCUUUUCACCUGACAUGGAGAUAAUGGUGACUGGAAGCGAUGACGGCAGAGUACGGGUAUGGAAUAGGGUGACAGCGAAUAUGGUUUGUAAAUUGAAAGGACACGCAGGUGCGAUUAAAAGUGUUGCCAUCACAGCUGACAGUAAAUAUUUUGCCAGUGCUGCCUUUGAUCACAAAGUACUAAUAUGGAAAACAAGAUCAGCUAAAGUUGUACAUGAGUUGAAAGGACAUUCUCGCAGUGUUGAGACUAUCAGUUUUUCACCUGAUGGUAGAUAUCUAUGUUCAGGAUCCUGGGAUAAUACAGCAAUAGUUUGGAGUGUUGAUAAAGGUAACGCAGUAUUCAUAUUAAAUGGUCAUAAGAAUAUGGUGCAAUGUUGUGUCUUUUCAUAUGAUAUGAAAUAUCUGGCGACUGGUUCCUGGGAUCACACUGUACGUGUAUGGCCAUUGGAAAGCAGCGUUAAUGAUGUUAAAGUACUCACAGGACAUACUAGUAAUGUACAUUCUGUGGCAUUUUCAAGGCCAGGAAUGCUGGCUUCAGGAUCGUGGGAUAAAAGUGUAAGGCUUUGGAAUCCCAAAUCUGGUGGUUUAUUACAUAUCUUAGCUGGACAUGAUGGUUGGGUACAGGCUGUAACAUUCUCUACUGAUGGUAUACUUUUAGGUAGUGCUUCUGAUGAUGAAACAGUACGUCUUUGGGAUGUUGUGAGUGGCGAAUGUAUUAAAGUAUUGGAGUCCAUGUUUCGAGACCCUAGUAACAGUUUACAUUACGUUGUAUCUACGUCUCCUGUGAGUAGCUCAUAG